CCUUAGUAUAUAAGAGGACGGGGACAACCUGGAGGACACACUCAUCUCCGACUCACAAUGGCGUCCACCACAGGUCUACUCCUCGUCAUCGCACUCUGCGUGGGUUCAGCUUUAUCACUAAAAUGUUACACCUGCAACGCCCAGAGCACCAACACAAACUGCAUGACUGCGACUAACUGCUCCGCCACCGACACCAACUGCAUGACCUCCGUCUUUGCUGGAGGAAUUGGUAGUCUUUCUGGUGCCAGCAUCACCAAGACUUGUACCGCCAUCUGCACAGAAACCGGAUUCAAUGCCGUUGUGGUCUCCACCAAAGUAACCUGCUGUACCACCGAUCUCUGCAACACCAGUGGGGCUUCCAGUGUUAAAUUUACCUACACCAUCCUCGCUGUGGCCCUCGGGUUCCUAGGGGCCCUCAUGUCACAGCUGAAGUAAAGCUUGUGUAUACUGUACUGUAUAUUCUUUUUUUGGUAACCAAUGAACCAUUUCAUAGUCAUAUCACCCCGGGGGGGGGGGGGGGGCACCUUCCAUAUUUAAAUAAGUAAAGCUCUCACCAUCUACUGAUAUAAUGGUGGCCUUUGGGUUCCUAGGGGCCCUCAUGAGAGAUGAGUGUACAAUAUAUGACGUGAAUUAGAUCUUAUUCCUUAUGUUGUAACCAAUAAACAGUUUAUAUAGUCUGGA